GCAGGGGACGUACGAUCCUGAAAUUCGUGCGUCCGGUUGUGACCGAGGCUUAAAGUAAGGGUUUGGCAAAGCAGGUCCCUCUUCCCGUUUUAGCUCCUAUGUUCAUAUCUGGGUCAAAACAGGUGUAUGAUAGAUAUAGUGGGAGAAACAAAGAAGUACGGCUCAGUACACAGAAACCGAUAGAGAAUAACACAUCAAGUUACCAACAAGUUACCAUCAAGAUACAUUUUACUGUCUAGAUACCAUCAAAUCACUAGUACCAGCCAUAGAAAUGUGUUUGCGUCUGGUCAGCAGCGUUCUGCUGGGCGUGACAGUGGUGUCCAUCUUCUUUACGCCAGGGGGCGCUGAGCUCUACGGCAGUAACCCAUUCGCUGAGUGUAACAUUAACACCACUUUUAAUGGGACAAUAAGCCAAGGUAUUGUUCCCACGGUGGAACUUGGCAAGGCAGUGGGGCUCAUCCUAGGAUUCGGGUUAUUCGCAGUCCUUGUUGCCAUGGCGUUUAAUCUUGUGAGAAAAUAUGUAUACCACGAUGCAGAUAAUUUAGACACGGCCUUCGACGCAGGUGGAAAAGUUUCCAUUGGACUUACUGCCACGACUAUCGUCUCGCAAUGGACCUGGUCUACUACACUUCUACAGUCAGCUACUGUAGCCAGCAAGUAUGGUAUCAGCGGACCAUUCUGGUAUGCUGCGGGUGCUACAAUCCAAAUCAUUCUUUUCGCCAUCCUCUCUAUCGAACUCAAAACGAAAGCUCCUGGUGCUAAAACAUUCCUACAGGUCAUCAAAGCUCGUUUUGGUAAGGCUACACAUAUUACAUACUGUGUAUUUGCUUGCUUUACCAAUCUGGUCGUAACUGCCUCUUUAUUGCUGUCUGGCACUGCAGUCCUCACCAGUUUAGUUCAAGGCCUCAACAUGGAGAUGGCCUGUAUGAUCAUGGCAUUGAUAGUAGGAGGAUACACGCUCAUUGGUGGACUGGGAGCAACGUUCUACGUGUCCUACUUCAACACAACACUCAUCUUUUCAUUAGUAUUAAUCCUCGUUGUGGAAGUGUAUUACAAUCCGUACGGCAAUGAGAAAAACCCAAUCGGAAGCCCUUCAAAGAUGUAUGAAUGGCUGAGCUGUAUUAAUGGGCCGCCGGGAAACGCCGAGGGAAGUUAUUUGACUUUUUUCUCAAGCGGUGGACUUAUGUUUGGCGUGAUUAAUAUCGUCGGGAAUUUUGGCACAGUCUUCUGCGACCAGGCCUACUGGCAGAGCAGUAUUGCAGCCAAGCCUCUUCAGGGAGUCUGGGGAUUUAUUUCUGGAGGGUUGACUUGGUUUGCGAUACCAUUGACCAUGGCGACAACCAUGGGGCUUGCUUAUCUGGCCUUAGCUGCCGAGUCCGGCCACACCUUGCUGUCGCCAAUAGAAGUGGACAAAGGCCUGGUUCCGCCCCUUGUAGCCCAAAAGCUUCUCGGCACCUCUGGAGAGUACGUUAUCUUACUGCUCAUUCUGAUGGCGGUGAUGUCCACGGGUUCCGCAGAAGUCAUCGCUGUAGCAUCUCUGAUUAUCUACGAUAUCUACAAGAUGUAUAUUAAUCCAUUCAGAAAAGACUUGCCCGACGAUCACUGUAUGCUGUGUGGAAAGCACAGGGUCAACGAGUGCACCUGCAUUCCUGUCAACCUGUGUAAGAUGUGUCACGAAGACGCCGAGGCAGCACGCAGCAAGCACGAGCUGGGAGUCAAACCAUACAACAAGUGUCCAGUCCAUGGGAUGUAUCGGGAGUACUUGGCCCAACUGCUGAACUACAAAAAUUGGUGUAUUCUUUGGGUUUCGGCCAUCACUAUCCCAUGGAUACUGUUCUGUGACGGCGUCCAGUUGAACCUCAGCUGGGUUUUCCUGUUCACCGGCGUACUGAUUGGUUCCGUCGUUAUACCAAUCAGUCUGGCUAUCACGUGGUCUAGGAUGAAUGCUGCAGGAAUGAUAUCAGGUGCUAUUGUCGGCUGUGUUCUUGGCAUUACCUCUUGGCUGGUAACUGCUUCGUAUCACGAGGGAGGACUGGGCAACUUCAUCGUCAACACCGGCAAAGAGGACAGCAUGCUAGUAGGAAAUUGCGUCUCCAUCAGCUCUGGCGGCAUUACCUGCAUCAUUGUCGCUUUCCUGACAAACAGACGGGUCACAAAAGCAGACAUCAUCGCAGAAUGGGAGAAAACUCGUAAUAUCGACAACCCGCUCAAUCCCUGGAUCCAUUUGUACAAACAUAUACCAAGGCGCAGCAAAGGAGAUCGGCCAUCUCACGAUGAAUUUCUUAAGAUGUUCCGACCGGCGAAAAUCACGGCGUAUUCAACCGGCGUCAUCCUCACUGUAGUCCUCGUGAUCAUCUGGCCGGGGAUAAUGGCAGCGCUUCGGGUCCUGAGCAAGGAGCUGUUUGCAGGGUGGACCUAUCUCUCUCAGGGUUGGUCGUUAAUCGCUGCCACCUUUAUCAUCGUCGUCCCUCUUGUGCAGGAAGUGAAAGGGAUAUGGGCACAACACAAGGCCAAUAAGAGAGAUGCAAACGCCACCAACGGGAACGUAGAGAACGGUCUUCGUGCCAUAAGACCAAAUGAAAACGAAAGUGUAUUUUAAUAA